AUGUCCGCGUCGCCGGAGCGGGCAUCCGUCGGGAACGUCGCAUCAGGUCUGGGGGAGGGCACGGAGGCCGAGGGUGCGGAUGCGGUCGGACCAAGCACCGUCAAUACAUCACCUCCAUCCUCAUCCUCAACUCGUCAACCCCGUCCCAAUCGCCUUCGAUCCCGCACCUCCACAUUCUCAUCCACUUUUGCCCCUCCUCUCCCCGCCCUCAUGUCGCGCGAAAACUCGUCAGAGGACCUCACUAUCCUCCUCUCCCCUCCCUCCGCCGACCCCUCGAUGCUCUACGCCGAAACCGAGGCCGGCCCGUCCAGACCGCGGAUGGCACGCCAGACGUCCAAGACGCUAGGAAUGACCUCGCCCUCUCGGCCCACGGCCACACUGGCGCCUAUACGGACGACCAGCUACUCUGCCACUCUGGCCCCCAGGAGCCCUGUCUCUCCCGUUGGGACGGGGCAGAACAAGCGGAUAGGGCUCAAGCGGCGGAUCUCCACGCCACUCGUGGCGAACCUUCAAGUCGCAGAGGAGGAAGCGGACGUUUACAAUUCCAUGCCAAUGUCGGUCCCCGCACCCUCAAAGCCUGAAGUGCAAAGUCGGGCAAGGGCCACAUCGACGAGUUUCGUCAACCCCUCCUCUAUCCUGCAGAACGCGGCAGCUACUAUCCCUGUUGCCACAUCGCCCGUCCGCCCAAAAUCGGUCCUACCCCUCCGACCACCCCAUAUCGCACUCCCCCAACCUGCAUUCUCCAUCACUCCCGCUUCGCCCGAUGAGGAACCUCUCCCCCCUCCGUCUAUCUCCAUCCUGGAGCGCGCGUAUAACACGACGGAAUCCUCCCUCCGGCGCUUGACAUCCAUCUUCCGCCCGCAUUCCGAUCCGUCGUACACUCGAACUAGGCGCGGAUCGGACGAUGGGGACUCGGAGAAGGGGCUAGGGGACGAUGAGUCUGCGGAAACCACAGCGAGCUCGUCUAGCACCCGAAGGAGCAGCGCGGAGAAGGGCGGAUACUGGGGAUUGUGGGCAAGCGAGGAGAAGCCUGAUGGGGAGGGGUACUUUUCGCUCCCGCCUACACCGCCAGAAGACCUCUCGACGUCAGCGGCUCGGUCGACCGAGUUUGAGCUUGCCCUGCUCGAGGCGAAUGGAAAGAUCGCGUCGUUGCCGACACCGGCUGUGUCGGCGCAUUCGCUCAGUCGGCGCCGGGGCAGUCCGGAGCGUGCGAGAAUGAGGGGGAGGGCAAGCGAAGGGUGGCUGAGGGGUGUAUUGACAGGAUGGGUCGGUGGAGCCGGAAGGGGCAAGACGGGCGCUGUGAUGCGGGAAUUGGGAUGGAUACUGGGGGUGUUGAUUCUGGGGUUUAUGGCGAGCUUGGGAAUGGCGUUAUGGCUGUUGAAGGGGUUACCAAUAACAACGCUCCGCCACCUCCCCAAAUCCAGUACCGACCUCCAACUCCUCUCCGCCGAGAUCAGGACAUAUAUGAACUCGAGCGAUGCAGGGUGGUGGCAUACCGUUCUUGUCCUCACGUUCGUCGGGUGUUGGAAACACGCUUGGUCUGUACCAGGAGCUAUCGUCUUGAACAUCCUUGUGGGGUCACUCCUCUCCCCUCUUCCCGCCGUCCUCCUCCUUACCAUCAUCACAGCCACCGGCUCGCUCGGGUCGUACCUCCUCUCCCGCCCCCUCGCGCCCCUCAUCGCUGUCCUCUUCCCCAAACCCCUAUCCCUCGUCCGCGCUGCCCUAGCGCCCGACUCGACACCUCCCUCAUCCCUCAAUCCCGCCGCUCCCACAUCCACCGAGCAUGUCACUCCCAUCAUCACAGACCCAACAAGCCCAUCCAGCGGAGGGAGCGUAUGGCGCCGCCUCCUCAUCAUGCGCGCGAUGGGCUUCGUACCCUGGUCAGGCAUGAAUGUCGCCUGCGGCGUCGUCGGCGUCGACUGGCGGACAUUCUGGUUGACUACAGCGGCAGGAUCGGCCAGUUGGUCCUAUACCACCGCGUCGAUCGGGGACCUUCUCGCUCGGCUCGCGAUCCCCUCGGCUGGCUCUACUGGGACGGAGACGGAAGGCGAGAGUCUGACGGGGAUGUUGAGGGAUCCGGUCCUGUUGGCGAAACUGGCGUUCUUGACGGGGUUGACGCUGGUUCCUGUGUUCCUCAAAAGGAAGAAGGGACAGGCGGAUGCUGCUGCCGCGGGAGAGGGAGAGGAGAAGGUCCCGCUGGUUCUCAACUCGGAGACGCCGUUAUCGCCCACCAGUCCGAGCUCAGCGCUCGCGCAGUCAUUGGCGAGGUUCACGCCUACUCCCGCGGCGUUUGAUAUCCUGAGUUUUGGGCGGACGAUUGUUAGGACCGGAGUGGGGGCGGCUGGCACGGGGAUGAGGGCGGUGGGAGGUGUGUUGGGAAGAGUAGGGGGCAGAUAG